UGAGUCGCGCGCUGGUUGGGGCCAUAACUAGAGAAAACCCAUCCCCGCAAUCGAAAGAAUCACCAAUUCAAUUCACUUAUCUAACUUGUUCUUCGCUUUCCCCUCACCAGUGUUUCAACACCACCACAACCGCGCAAACCAACAGGACACUCUCCACAGUCUGAAUUGUAUCGAACGCUCUUUCACUCACUCACACACUGUAUCACUUGCACCCGCCGUUGCAUAACCUAUAGCCCCGAGUCGAUUGCCGUAUCAGAAGCACGUCCGAUAUGCCGCCCAUCACCCCGGCCCAGGUUGUGGCCCUGCAGAAGAACAGCGCAAACAUCCGAAACAUUUGUAUUUUGGCACACGUUGACCACGGAAAAACAUCACUGAGCGACUGCCUCCUCUCGACGAAUGGCAUCGUGUCCGCGAAGCUCGCGGGGCGAGUGCGGUACCUAGACUCACGGCCGGACGAGCAGCUGCGGGGAAUCACGAUGGAGUCGUCCGCGAUCUCGCUGUACUUCCGGAUGCUGCGGCGCCUGCCGCCGGCAGACGGCGCAGAAGUCGAGCCGCAGGCGGAGGAGUAUCUGGUGAACCUGAUCGAUUCGCCGGGACACAUCGACUUCUCGUCGGAGGUGUCGACUGCAUCACGACUGUGCGAUGGUGCGGUCGUGCUGGUGGAUGCGGUCGAGGGCGUGUGCUCGCAAACGGUCACCGUGCUGCGACAGGCUUGGAUCGAACAUAUCAAGCCCAUCUUGGUCAUCAACAAGAUUGAUCGCCUGAUCACGGAGCUCCAGCUCAGCCCCGAGGAGGCGUUCGAUCGCAUGUCGAAGACGGUGGAACAGGUCAAUGCGGUCAUGGGCAGCUUCUUUGCUGGCGAGCGCAUGGAGGAGGACCUUAGGUGGCGCGAGGUGCUGGAAGCAAGGCUGGCCGCCGCAAAGGAACAGUCGGAUAAGGGACUCCCGGAGAAUCCUGAGACCUCCGAUGAUAACACGCCAGCUGAGUUCGAGGAGAAGGACGACGAGGAAAUCUACUUUGCGCCGGAAAAGCACAACGUCAUCUUUGCCAGCGCCAUCGAUGGAUGGGCCUUCACGAUCCGUCAGUUCGCUAACAUUUACGAAAAGAAGCUGGGCAUCAAGAAGUCGGUGCUGGAGAAGGUCCUGUGGGGCAAAUAUUACCUGGAUCCCAAGACGAAGCGUGUUCUCCAGGAGAAGCAUCUGAAGGGGCGGAAAUUGAAGCCCAUGUUUGUCUCGUUAGUGCUGGAAACCAUCUGGGCUGUCUAUCAGUCCGCCGGAACCGUGCCGCAGCAAGGCGGCCAGGACCUACAAAAGGUGGAGAAGAUCAUCAAAUCCCUGAACCUCCGGGUGCUUCCCCGUGAGAUGCGGACCAAGGACGAGCGGCAACUGCUGCAGACGGUCAUGAUGCAGUGGCUGCCACUAUCCACCGCGCUGCUGGUGUCCGUGGUCGAGCAGAUUCCGGCGCCCCCACAAGCCCAGAAGGAGAGGAUGCCGCACGUCCUUGCGUCCGCGCCCGGAAGCGAGGCCGUGUCCGAGGAGGUCAAGAACGCAAUCUUCAACUUCGAUGUGAGUCCGGACGCUCCGGUCGUUGCCUAUGUCAGCAAAAUGGUGUCGGUUCCUGCGAACGAACUGAAGAAGAUCCGGCGCGUGACGCUCUCGGCGGCGGAGAUGAGGGAACUCGGUCGUAGGAAAACUAUUGAGCUGGCGAGGCAACUUGCUGCCCAGGGGAGGGCUAGUGAUGCUGCUGCUGCUGCGGCUGCGGCUGCUGAUGCAGUGCGGGAAGAGUAUGGGAGCGACGUUGUGGACGUUGUUGAGGACGUUGUUGAGGAUGAUGGAGGACCGGCAGAAAAGGAGAAGCCGCAAGAGGAGGAAGACGAGCGGGAGCAGCUGAUCGGAUUCGCCCGUGUCUACUCCGGAACCGUCAAGAUCGGACAGGAACUCUAUGUCCUCGGACCGAAGUACAAUCCCAUGUUCCCCAACCAGCACAUUCAGAAGGUCAAGGUUGCGGAUUUGUACUACAUGAUGGGCAAGGAUUUGGAAGCCCUCGACGAAGUGCCCGCCGGAAACGUGUUUGGUAUCGCGGGACUGGAGGGCAAGAUCCUCAAGAGUGGAACUCUGAUCAGCGUUGAGAACGGCGGUCUCAAUCUUGCGGGUGUCAACCUCGGUGCUGCACCCAUCGUCAGAGUUGCUCUUGAGCCCAGGAAUCCCAGUGAGAUGGGCAAGUUGAUUGAGGGCUUGAAGUUGCUGGAGCAGGCAGAUCCUUGUGCCGAGUACAUGGUGCAGGACAACGGAGAGCAUGUCAUCUUGACAGCCGGCGAGCUGCACCUGGAGCGAUGCUUAAAAGAUCUCAAGGAACGGUUCGCAAAGAUCGAUAUCCAGUCCUCGUCUCCUAUCGUACCUUUCCGUGAGACUAUCGUGGUCGCUUCCGAGAUGGCUCCUCCGAAAGACCCGAACCUUCCCCGCGGCACCGUCAAUGCCGUCACUCCAUCAAAGCAGAUCACGGUCCGCGUGCGGACGAGACCCCUACCCCCCGCCGUAACGAAGUUUCUGCUCGACAACAACGCAUCCAUCACACUGCUGUACGCGGUGAAACGGGGAAAGGAAGAGCGGGCGGGCGAAGAGGACGAGGCGGCUGCCGGGCAAUCGAAGGAGGGUGAAAACAGCGCACAGGCGAAGCUGAAGCUGUUGGGCGUCGAGGAGAUCAGACAGGGCUUGCAGAAGGCGUUUGAUAGUGCGCCGUCGAAGGAGAGGGACACUUGGGCCGGCGUCUUGGAUAGAAUUAUCGCGUUCGGGCCGCGGAGGAUCGGUCCGAAUGUUCUGAUCGAUGCAACGCUGGAGCGUGGGUUCCGUAAACUGCUGUCGGACAAUCCGGUUGUGGAUAACGAACGCUCGGAGGCGCUUUCCGCGCGGGAUUUCGAAGACAAGAUCUCGCAUGCCUUCCAGCUCGCAACCUACCAGGGACCGCUCUGCAACGAGCAAGUCCAGGGUAUCGCCGUCUUUGUCGAGGAAACCGUUAUCGUUGCCUCGAAGGAGGAGGAUCUGCAGGUUGCGAGAACCGAGAACUUCCAGGUCAUCAGCGCCGUCCAGGCAGCCAUCCGUCAGGGCUUCCUCGAUUGGUCGCCCCGGUUGAUGCUGGCUAUGUACUCCUGCGAUGUCCAAACCUCCAUGGAAGCACUAGGCCGAGUGCACGACACGAUCGCGAUGCGCGGCGGACGCACGACGGCCGAAGACCAAGAAGAGGGCACGCCGUUCUGGACGAUCCGGGCGUUGAUCCCAGUCGCAGAGUCUUUCGGCUUCGCCAACGAGAUCCGCAAGAACACACAUGGCGAAGCCUCGCCACAGCUGAUCUUUAGCGGCUUCGAGAUCCUCGAUAUGGACCCGUUCUGGACGCCGUUCACUGAAGAACAGCUUGAGGAUCUGGGAGAUGUCGCUGAUAAGGAGAAUGUCGCGAAGCGCUAUAUGGAUACUAUUAGGAAGCGCAAGGGCCUGUUUGUCCAGAAGCGCCUGGUUGUUGGCGCUAAUAAGCAGAAGAAUUUGAAGCGGUAGAUGGUAGGAAGGAAGGUGGGUGAUGUGGUAGCUGUGGAAUUUAAUACCUACCAGUCGGCCGAGUGUCUUGAGAAUCUAUGUGCCACAGUGUAAACGUGUCGAGCGAUGUUCAUAGGCCCUGCUCUGUAUCUCGAACUACGCCCAUCCCGUCUGUAGCAUUAUGUACUAAACGGUGGCUCGAC